AUGCCUCCUACUGCCUCCAAGCCGUCUAAGAAACGGAGUAAACCUUACACAGUUGCUUCUUCAGCCACGGUGGAUCCUGUCCCCUCAGUUUCGAGCAAAACUAAAAAGUCGACCAAAGAGAAGGAUGCAAAAUAUCAGUUAUUUAAUAAGUAUGCUAAUACAUCUUCUGGUGUCAUUGAUCCAGAAGGAAUUGAGAAACUUUGCUCCAAAUUGAAAGUUUCUCAUACUGAUAUCAAGAUCUUGAUGCUAGCUUGGAAAAUGAAGGCUGAAAGACAAGGUUACUUCACAAAGGCUGAAUGGAGAAGAGUAUUCAAGGCGUUAAAGGUUGACACUAUAAAAAAAUUGAAGAAAGCCCUUCCAGAGCUCGAGAAAGAGGUCAGAGAGCCAUUGAAUUUUGCAGACUUCUAUGCUUUCCGUUAUUGUUUGACAGAUGAAAGACAAAAUUGCUUAGACAUUGAGACUAUUUGUCAACUCCUAGAUUUGGUCUUAGGAUCUACAUUCCGUGACCAGGUUGAUCACUUUGUCGACUACCUGAAAUAUCUUAGAAUACAGAAAGAUUACAAAGUCAUCACCAUGGACCAAUGGAUGGGUUUUUAUAGAUUCUGCAAUGAGAUAAGUUUCCCGGACAUGACCAACUACAGUCUAGAACUUGCGUGGCCAUUGAUUCUCGACAACUUUUUUGAGUGGAUGCGCGAAAAACAAGCAUGA